AAAAUGUCUUUCCCCCUCCUGGGGUUACCCAUGUUUUCCAAAUCAGCUGUUAUUCCCCUCUGGUGUCGGGCAGUAUGGGUGGAAUGGAAUAGAACGGUGCCGAGGCAGGCGCGGGGUCGGGGCGUUAUUCAGUUUGACUUCAGUCGGUCGGCAGUGAGUGUUGGUGCAACUUCGUGCUCCUCUCCACCAACAACUCAACCCCCUUUUCCACCAUAAAAUUCCCUCAAGCAUAUUUUAAUAAUUUCAUCAACGACAUUAAGAUAUCAACCAGCUGUGAAAAUCACUGGUGGAAAAAUAAAUGAUACUCCAAUAAAUAGAUUAUAAUAUUUAUCCACGAGAGACAGUGAAAGUUGCGGGUGAAAAAGUGCCUGAGAAUUCAACCCAACAAGGUGUUUGAAGAAAAGCCCUGUGCCAACACCUGGCACGGACACCAAAGGCUCCAUAACGUGGGGGUAUUCCCCGAGGGGUGCCAGGAGUCCGUUAACCUUUCCAAGUGUGUGUCCACGAGGAAUAAAAAAGAUAAAGCCAGACAUUUUAUUUCCGUGAAAUCAGGUAGACCGAGGGGGAAUUGAGAAAAAUAUAAAAAGCUAUUUCCAGUGGAUAACAGCUCUGUUUUUCCUUCUCUGGAAAAUUGAAAAAAAAAAAACGGUUGUAGAUUGCAUCGAUACUUCGAAAUUCCUCAGUUCCAUGUCGAUUGCAGUGGAUUACGAAACGUUAAAUUUUCGUGAACAAAACGACUUUCGUGCGUGUUAAGGUCUCGGAGAGCUCUGAGAGAGGGGAAAAAAAGAGGCCUUGUCCCCGUUAAACUGUGUCAGUAGGAUAACACCAGAUACUGACUUGCAUCAGGGCAUGAGUGGCUGAGACUGAUUAUCGUCGAUGGAGGUGAAAUAAUUGAGUGGAAAAGAAAAAAAACGAAUUUUGGUUUGAAGAAAAUCUAAUAAAUCUCGUGCUUCGAUCAGCCGCGAGCUUCAAGGCAAAAGUACCAUCCACGUGUCGACACUUUGAUCACGUUCUCCUCUCGAGGCACGUGGGUAAUGCCACCAAACACAUACUCUAGUUUUAGUCUUGCCAUUCCCGAGUGAUCAUGCGCAUCACACGGAUAUUGUGACCAGUAAACGCUUUGUUUUUCUCCUGUUAUUGUGUCACAAAACUACUGCGGAUAUAUCGUACUUCAUUCGUAUUUUUCUAACAUCCCACGGAAUUUUUUUACAACCGAACAAACGAGGAAGUACCAUCGAUCGGGACAGUGUGAUCAAGGCACAUUGAAACACACUCUCCUGGAAAAUCAGAGUCCAUUUGAAUUGAAGUAAAAAUAAUAUCCACCAGUGGCACAUGAUUUAUGCGCCUAUCAGUGGAAUAGAGAUGAAAGAAUGCAGGAUUCUUAGCAGCUGAUUGAGGAAGUUCUGCUCAACUAGGUUCAAUUGAGAUAUAUCGGAAUUGGUUUUUCUUUUGAAAAAAUGAAGAAUCCAGAGCAUGAGAGUGGAUACUUUGAGGAUGGCAGCGAUGUGGAGAUGGUAUUUGAGGAGAAUACUGCUGGAUCUGGCUCGUAUGGACUCUCUAAGGCCAUACGUCAGCUUGACGUCACUAAUUCACCCGCAUCCCCCGAGCCCGACGAGGAUGAGCAAAAUCGUCACGGAGUUAAUCUUAAUGACAACGGCGGCCAGAGGGUAGACAUGACGCACUUUGAUCUGCUCAAAGUCCUUGGAACAGGAGCUUACGGAAAAGUUUUCCUGGUGAGAAAGAGAAUUGGCGCAGACGUUGGACGUCUUUAUGCGAUGAAAGUAUUAAAAAAAGCGAUGAUUGUUCAGAAGAAGAAGACAACAGAGCACACUAAAACCGAGAGACAAGUGCUUGAGGCUGUGAGGGACAGUCCAUUCUUGGUGACACUUCACUAUGCCUUCCAAACUGAUGCUAAACUCCACCUGAUUUUAGAUUACGUGAAUGGUGGCGAAUUAUUCACCCAUCUUUAUCAGCGAGAGCACUUCACCGAGGACGAAGUACGGAUAUACGUCGGAGAAAUUAUAAUUGCACUGGAGCAUUUACAUAAGCUGGGGAUUAUAUAUCGAGAUAUAAAACUUGAAAAUAUACUUUUGGAUCGUGAGGGGCACAUUGUACUCACGGACUUUGGUCUUAGUAAAGAAUUUCUGCCACACGAGAGGGACAACAAUCCACGUGCAUACUCGUUUUGUGGGACCAUUGAGUACAUGGCACCGGAAGUUGUGCGAGGUGGUUCUGCUGGUCACGAUAUUGCUGUCGACUGGUGGAGCGUAGGAGUUUUAGCUUAUGAACUUCUCAGUGGGUCCUCUCCAUUUGCCGUAGAAGGCCACACAAAUACUCAACAAGAAAUAUCACGUAGAAUUCUUAAGACAGAGCCACCAAUUCCAAGCUAUUUGAGUCCAGAAGUUCAGGACUUCCUUGCCAGGCUGUUGGUUAAAGAUCCAAGACAAAGAUUGGGCGGUGGGCCUCGGGAUGCCGAGGAGCUCAAGGAACACCCAUUUUUCACAGAAGCCGAGGGAUUUAGUUGGAGUGCAUUGGAGAACCGAGAAAUUGAACCACCCUUUGUGCCUCAAAUUGCUCAUGAACUAGAUACCAGCAAUUUCGCGGAUGAAUUCACCAAAAUGGUGGCUGCUGACAGUCCUGCUGUCGUACCACCCAAUUAUGACAGAGCAUUUCGAGGAUACUCUUAUGUCGCCCCAUCAAUCCUAUUCGGUGACAACGUAGUAUCCGAAGAUAUCUUCCGAGAGUCCAACACGGAUGGCCACUCGCCAUCUCCUUCGUCAGCCUUAGCUUCCCGCUUCGAGGAAUCCACAUUCUUCCAGCACUACGAGAUUGACCCGAGGAGAGAAGCACUUGGAGACGGUAGCUUCUCCGUCUGUCGACUCUGCACCCAUCGGCAAACGAAACGAGAGUACGCAGUGAAAAUUGUCAGUAGACGAGUGGACUGCGGUCGAGAGGCAAACCUCCUGAGAGCCUGCCAGGGUCAUCCAAAUGUAGUUAAAUUAAUCGACGUCUACCAAGACCGAGCUCACACAUACAUUGUCAUGGAGUUACUCUCGGGCGGUGAACUGCUCCCAUCAAACCGUAAAGUGGCAAAAUCCCAGAGUGAAAAAGAGGCCAUCAGAGUUAUGAAACAACUCGCAUCAGUUGUUCAAUUCAUGCAUGUGCGUGGAGUUGUUCAUCGAGACUUGAAGCCCGAAAAUUUACUCUAUGCUCACUCCGGUGGUGAUGCACCAGUAAAAGUGGUGGACUUUGGUUUUGCCAGAUUGAAAAAAUCGUGCGAGCCACUUCACACGCCGUGUUUUACUCUUCCCUAUGCAGCACCAGAGAUCCUGGCUCACCAAGGAUACGACGAGAGUUGCGAUUUGUGGAGUUUGGGGGCCAUACUCUACUGUUUACUAUCGGGUGAGCCUCUGUUCAAGGUUGGAAGCCCAGACCUUGCCAGUAGAAUUAAAUCCGGAGAGAUUGACUUUGAUGGGGAAAAGUGGAGACACGUCAGUCCUGCUGGUAAAGAAAUAGUGAAAUCCCUGUUAGCAACUGAUCCUAGUGAGAGGCUCACAGCUUCAGCUCUUGUUCGUCACUCGUGGCUUACUGGUAGUUCAGGGACACCUGUGGAGCCUCUGCAUAUUCAAUCCACCUCAGGAAUCAGUGUUAAACCAAGCUCUUUCAAACUUAAAAAUGUCGAUGGAGCUAAAUUGGCUCAGAGGAGGAAACUUCAUAAAAGAUCAACUUCAUCCUCCGUCUCAUCUUCGGCUUCCACCACAUCAUCCAGUCCAUCCUCUGUACAAUUGUUGAGACCACCAAGUGUCACAACUUCGAUGACAACCUCAGCGUCUCCAGCGCAGCCCAAUGUCUUUGAUUUUGGGGAGGAGAGGGUCACUGAGUAUUUGAGCUCGUUGUCUUCCUCUUCUGAAUCGAAUUCGCCUAAAAGUAUUCUCCAGGAGAGAGAGAGAGUGAGAGAGCCUCUUGAAUUACCCAAAUCCAAACGGAGAAAAAAAGAUGGCGACAAACACAACAGUAGCAACAGCAGUAGCAGUGGAAGUGGACCUGUCACCAGGGGUAAGAAACGAAAAUUGCAGGAGACCAGUGGGUCUGACAGCUCAGCCGAGUCUCUUCGAGCUAGGUCGAAGAUUGAGGGCAAUUUUCAUAGCAAACAGAAGACUGGAAAACGACCCAGGAGACACGGUGCUGCUGCCAAUGACUAGGAUAGCUUCAUCUUUUUUCUUGAUAGAUUUUUUAAAAUGAAUUUUUUCGAUUCUUCUCAAAGUGUCUUGGCAGUAUCAAUCAUUCCUAAUUAUACUUCUAGUUGUAUGUACAUAGAUCAUUUUUCAAUGGUUGGACGGCCCUGCUUGUGUCGAAAAUUGGUGAUAACUAUCAUACUUUCUGUGAAGAGAUUUAUUUUAGAGGCGAGGAUGAAAAGAUAGUGAUGAUUUCUUUAUUCAAAUUCCUCUGAAUUUAUAGAAGAAGUUAUGGAAUUAUUGUUAACUUAGUGAAAUGAUAACAGAAUGGAACAUUUUUUUCAGUAAUUAACUGAUGGAAGACUCAACGAAUAGCCAAUAGAAUUUUUUUUUCUCCAAACACAAUCGUAUAAUUUUGGCAUUUCUAUGGAAGGCAUUAUUGUCCAUCGGUAGUGGACAAAGGGUAUAAAGUUAUCGAGAAGAUAAUGAUUCAACGGUUUAAUUUUUUCAAAAAUUAUAGAGAAAAUGUCUCGUAGAGUAAUACUGAUGAAUAUGCCUUGAAAAAGUGAGAAAAAAGUUUAAAAAUUCAUUGACUGUUUAACCUGACGGGUGACGUUUGUUGGGAAACGGCAAUUUAUUUAGAGAAAAAAAUUGUAUACUAUGGUAAAGACUGAAAAGGUUGUAUACCAACUCAGGGAACAGAAUUGAGAUGUGAAUUAUCGGCGCAACAAUCAGAUGACAGAGAAAUAAGUAUAAUUGAUACGAGGCGAUUUAUACGCACACCAACCAAAGACGACUGAAGCAUCACUGCUACAAGACCAAAAAGAAUCCGAGGAAUUCAAUAAGAAUUUACACAUAACUUGGUAUCGAUGGAUAACCGUAAUUCACUCGUCAUUCGACACAUGGACAUUUAUGUAAAACACUCGCAGAUAGAAACAAAUGGAAUUAUAUAUACACAUGUAUGUAUAUAUAUAUAUAUCGAAGAAGAAUUCUAUAUUAUACACGAAUCGUCUAUGUUCAAUAUUAUAGCUGACAAACUAUUCUUUAAUGAAAAACCUUAAGAGUCAUUAUUGAUUACUGAG